ACAAAGCUAGCUACCUUUGUCCCUGUAUCCUAAUUUGGAGCAAAUUAAAAUUAAAUUAAUUCAAAGCUAUCGUAUCAAAAAUGGCUCCGACUAUAGCACUACCUUUCUGGGCCCAAUCGAAACCUCCCGUCGGUGAAAUCUCCGGCGUACCGGAGGCGGAGGUGCUUAGAAAGAGAAACGAAGAGCUGGAGAAGGAAUUGAAGAAGAGCGUAGAGAGAGAAGAGAAAAUGAAAGAGGAGUUGCAAAAAACAUGGAGGAGGCUGAAGGUAGCGGAAGAGGCGGAGGAACGCCUUUGUUUUCAGCUAGGUGAAUUUGAGGCGGAAGCUGUAGAUCAAGCUCGGGCUUAUAGAGCCCGUGUUAUUAAUUUAAUGGAACAACAUUCAGCCGCACAAAAACUUCUUCAAUCACCACCUGCUUCUUAGUAAUUUUAUCGUUGAUCUGUAAAUUUUUUUAAAAUUAUAUAUGCAUACUUGUAUAUUGGAUCAAUUUUUCUUCUUCUUAAUUCUUAUUUCCGGUGCAUGAUUUUUUUUUUUUUUCUGAUUUCCCGUUUCUACACUUGUAUUUAAUUUGGAUUUGAGACCUUUUAUUAAGCAUAGAUGAAUUUUUACCA